AUGUCACAGAGAAAGGCCAGAGGGGCACUGGCCAUGCCGGGAGUGGGGCAGAGCCCGGCGAAGGCCAGGCCGAGGCUGCUAGCAGGCACCCACAGCAGGAGGAGCCGCCUGAGCAGGACCAGGCAGGACCUGUGGGAAGGGACCGGCUGGAGCUACCAGAGGUGGAGCAGAGCUGCCCCUGCCCCCAGAGGGGCCGGCCCCGGGAGCCUGGCUGGUGUCAGGAGUGAGGUCAGUCCUGAGAAUGCCGCGCGGGAGCAGAGGGUGAGGACGCUGCGCAAGGCCUUCCUGGCCCUGCAGGCCGCUCUGCCUGCUGUGCCCGCGGGCACCAAGCUCUCCAAGUUGGAUGUGCUGGUGCUGGCCACCAGCUACAUAGCCCACCUCACCCGCACACUCGGCCACGAGUUGCCUGGCCCCGCCUGGCCACCCUUCCUGCGUGGACUCUGCUUCCUGCACCCUCUCAAGAAGUGGCCAAUGAGAUCUCGUCUCUAUGCUGGAGGCCUGGGGUGCUCUGGCCUUGACUCCACCACAGCCACCAGCCUGGGCCAAAGAACAAAGGAGGCAGAGGCCAGACCCCAAGUCCCUGGAGAGGCAGAUGCUCUCCUCCCCACCAGGCCACUCCCACCCGUUCUUGGUGAUAAAUGACCAUCAUGCUCACCUUCACUCCUGGACUGCGACUCAAGCUUAGGGACCUGGUUUCUUCUCUACCAGGCCCUGCCUGUCUGCAUGCUGACUCUUACCCUUUGGAUCUGACUCAGCCCCCAGGUUCCAGCCUGCAGACCAGACAAAGCCGGGGGCACGUCUGUGAUGGAGUGCUCAGGAGCACCAGGGAGUCCACCCUCAUCUUGGCACCAGGGGGCUCUUUUGUGGCAGCUACAAGGGAAAUGGGAGAGGAAGGGGUUUGAUUGGGUUGGAGGUUGAGUUAUGGCACUACCCCUUGCUCCCCCACCCCCCCACCCCCCUCACACCCCCAAAGUUCCUGCAAACCCUCUGGAGAUUGCAAGCAGAGGGAGGGGCCUAGGAUGGCAACAGCCGCAGGGGCUGAUGGGACCAGGCAGGCUCUUGGCCGCUGUGCGUGUGAACAGAGCUGGGCUGGGGUCGCAUGAGCAGAGGGGAAACUGAAGAAGGGAAUGUUUUGUUAUUUCACCACGACGUACACGGAUGCCAAAGAGGCAGGACGGCGCUCAGGAGGCUUGUCUCUGCAUUAUGGUCUCUCCAGCUGCCCCUCACCUCUACAGUGUCUCCCCCUCGGGGCCCUGCACCCUUCCGCUCUUUCCUUGAUACGAGUUCUAUUUACAGGUGAAGCCAUAAAGCUCGCAUGGCUUACAUUCCAGUUUCCGAGACACUUGUAGUCCCCACUGCCUCCUCAGAGAAGACCUGACCCCGAGGCAGCGCCACCUUAACGAACCCGCAGCACCCUAAGGCCUUGCAUAA